UUUCUCACAGGUUCUAUUUCAUACUGAUUUAAGAGUAAAUAAAGACAUUAAUGUUUUUAGUUGACUAGUUAUUUAUUGCGAUUGUAAAUAAAUUAGAAAUUCUAAGAAUGUGGGAGCAGGUUCGUAAGUUCGGUCUGGGCUACUGCGACCUGCCGACGAUGUUGUGGAACGUGUCCGUGUUCCUCAGACUGUUCACACUCAAUAUUGACAGCAAACACAAAAAAGGUAAUAUUUGUAAGAUUUUAGAACGAGAGUCCUCCUUACCAGUGCAGUCAGUAGGCUGACCCACACCUUAUGUAGCAGGAGUGCUGCAGGCCUGCAAACUGGUGAAAGAGACUUACUACAAGUAGAUGUAGCCUCUGUGGAUAAAUUUUUGGGAUAUUUUGAAUCGAGAGGCCUGGUUUAAGAGGGAAAUUUGAUCACAUUAUAAUUAUCAAUAUUAUAUUUGACUAAAUGUUAUAUACGUAUCCAAUAUUUUUUGAAAAUCUGCCCGACGGACUAAACAGUAUAUUUGUCAAGUACACUAUUAUCAUGUACGUUUUCAAUGUCUACAGGAAUACCGACAUUGGUUUACGUAGCGAUAGCUUUUGCAUCCUUCUGCUAUUUCUACAUCUACUUGUUCAGUAUGCUGUGGUUCGUAUUCGUGAGGAGCUCGGGGUCUGGCCAGACGGUGGCCACCAUGAUGGCACUGUCUAUCGGAGUGCCCACUGAGAUUGGAAUCCUGAAGCUGAUGUACAUGAAGUUAAAAAUGUAUGAGUAUGUUUUAAAGAAUUAUUGCCAUAGUAAUUUAAGGUACAUCAUAGAAUAAAGUUUAUCCGUGAGCAUGGAUGAAAAUGAGAUCUAUUUUGUUAGUGAUUUUUAAGGUUACCGUAAUUCUGUUGCAAAGUUUUCAUGUUUCAAAACAGUCUCGUAUUGCGAGCGGAUUUUUGUUUCAGAUUUAUUGAUAUAUAUUAAAAACCCUUUUUAAUAUAAUUCAUUACAAUAAUACAUGUUUAUUUUAGAGAAAAAAUACGGAAACUUACUGUUGACUUCCUAGAGUUCGAUUCCAAAAUGGUCCCCGGCACUCGUCUCUCAAAGAACGUCCACAGACAUCUACGCGAUGUGAAGAAGAGAGCCAUCGUAUUGUGGAUAAUCAUCGUAGGCUGUGGAAUCAUCUUCAUCAUCAAACAUUUCAUCGCUCCAGUCCACUUGUCUGAUGAAACGUUUGUCGCUUAUGGUAAUAGAAACGAAGAUAAGAUUUUCCCGAUAAUUUCUUACAUUACUAAACACCUGAAUCUGCUUUACCUACAGGGUUCAGGUCGAUGAAGGAAUCACCAGACUAUGAAAUAGUAGCCGUCAUGAUGAUCGUGAGUGUUACAUUGAUAUCCGGGAUAUCGGCGAACGUGACAGCCUACAUCAUCAUCAUCACGGGGUACGCUGAAGCCCGGAUGCUUUCUCUCAGUCACGAACUCGAUAACAUUUGGAAAGAAGCACAAGAUCACUACAGAACUUUAACAAACUUUGAAAUAGGAAAAAGAAAAGAUGAAGCAAAGAAACAAAGAAUCUUGAAUCAAUAUGUCUCUGACAGACUUAAGGACAUUAUCGCCCAACACGCUACACUCAAGCUGUUCUACGCUAAACUUAAAGACGAGCUCAAAGGAAUCCUAGGAAUUGGUUUAUUUUUAUUAAUCGCCGGACUAUUAUUUAAUCUUCUUGGUGGCUUACGUAACACGUACAUGAUGGUACCUUUUGUGUUUAUGCAAAUGGCUAUGGAUUGCUUCAUCGGGCAGAAAAUGAAGGAUGCCGCUGUCGUGUUCUACAGGUCUGUGUACGCCUGUGGCUGGGAGAACUUCGAAAAGAGUAAUAUGAAGAUGGUCCUCGUAAUGUUACAAAACUCGCAGAGGAUAACAGUCCUCUCUGCCGGGGGCAUUAUGAACGUGAACUAUAAAUGUCUGAUGGCAACCAUGAGAGGGUCAUAUUCGAGUUAUGCCGCUUUUGAGUCCAGUGUCAACAAAUAAUAUUCUAUGUACUCUAGAUUGUAAUGCAGUUAGAAUGCAGUAUUCGAAGCUGUUAGGCUUAGAGCCGGUUUAUAGGUAUUAUUGAACUAACUGUUAAGCG